AUGAAGAUUCUCAGCACUGUUUGCCUGUAUCUUCCCAUUCUCUCCCUUAUCCCUUCCAAUACAACUAAUAUUAUCCAUUAUCUCAUGCCUCUGCUCUUCUCUCACCCUUUACCAUAUCUUCCCAUUCUCUCCCUUAUCCCUUCCCAUAUAACUAAGAUUAUCCAUUAUCUCAUGCCUCUGCGCUUCUCUCACUCUUUACCAUAUCUUCCCAUUCUCUCCCUUAUCCCUUCCGAUACAACUAAUAUUAUCCAUUAUCUCAUGCCUGCUCUUCUCUCACUCUUUACCAGUAUCUUCCCAUUCUUUCCCUUAUCCCUUCCAAUACAACUAAUAUUAUCUAUUACCUCAUGCCUCUGCUCUUCUCUCACUCUUUACCAGUAUCUUCCCAUUCUCUCCCUUCUCCCUUCCGAUACAACUAAUAUUAUCCAUUAUCCCAUGCCUCUGCUCUUCUCUCCCCCUUUACCAGUAUCUUCCCAUUCUCUCCCUUAUCCCUUCCAAUGCAACUAA